AUGAUCAAAUUGAAAUACUAUACGGUUGCCGGUGUAAAUUAUUCAGUACACAGAAUAUGUUUGCGUAACAAUACGAUUCCCACAAACUUUCCAAGGGAGAAUCUGGAUGUGUGCAAUUCGGAUCUGUGUAAUAAUCGCAUAAUUCGCGAUCAUCUAAAUAAUUCAACAACUCAUGGUUCAGGAGUUACAAGUAAAUUUUGUGGACCUAAAUGUGAUCAACUGAAUCCUUCGAAUUUAGUCGAUUGUUGCUCAACAGAUCGAUGUAAUGGAAUGACAAAAUUAUCUAUUCAUCGUCAUGUUAUUGUUGUUCUGUUUGUUUGCAUGGGAAUCAGUAAAUACAUUCUAUGA